AUGGCGGCCGCAAGGGUAUCGCCUACGGCGAAUCUUCUGCGAAAGUCCCGUUUGUUCGCACUCCCACAGGCCUUGCAGCCUCCUCAGGAUCCGCCCUCGUCCAGGAUCGUUUUCGAAUCCGAGACCGCGACACUUCCUCACCCUACCCGGGCAUCAAUCGUGACACCACAGUCUUCGCUAGCUCGGGGCGAUUGGGGUCUGAAGCGACCUUUGCCGGCAAAGUCGACAUCGGAGAAAUCAUCGAGACCUGUUGUUCGCAUGAACGCCCUCGAUACCUACGAACAUGUCACCGAUUUCGAGUCCGCGGCCGAUCAUACCAUGACCCUGGAAAAGUUCCAAGAAUUGCACAUGCCAAUGUCGCUUCCCUCCAAGGUUAACUACGCAACAAGCAUGACUCCGCGCCAUCAGAGUCCGUUUGAAACCUUUGUCGAUAACACGGAAACCAGUAAGGCGCUCGGGGAGGCCGGAGCCAAACAAUUUCGACACACCGGACCUUGGCUUGCGGGACAGACUGAGGCGGAAUUCGCAGCUUACCUGAAGCAAAUCCGUCGCCAGAAGCCGGAAUUGCUCCAGAAGAUGCGUGAGAGAUAUGACGCCAAACGCUACGCCGAGGCGCGGAAACAGGCCCAGGACAACGGGGAAGACCUCGAGAAGGUCCAGACCCCCAAGGUCACCGAUGCGGAGUUCAGUACAUAUAUCAAAUCUCUUCGUGAGGACCCGUUUGCCCUUGGCCCCGCUGUCUUCGAGUUGCUCGACCUUCCUUCAUCCCCUGCUGUGCCCAGCGAGCGCAUCGGCCACAAGUACUACCAGUCCCCGGGAACCAAGCUUUCCGCCCCCGAAUAUGCCGUGACUGGCCCCCCGAAGACGCACCCAUCUGCUGGUCUGUCCUAUACUCGAACACACGCUUCGGUAUACAACCAUCCUCAACAUGGUCCGCAAGCUUACCAGAAGCCCGUCGAGGCUCGCAUCUUGCGCCCCAAGGGUAGAUUCAAGGGACGCGUGUCGAAAGCUAUUGCUGGUGUUGGUGGUAUUGCUGUGGAGGACUUGAAUGCCAUGACCUUUAUUGAUCAGGGUACACCUCCGGGCCUUACUGCCUUCGACGCAACUAUCCCGGGUGGUGCCAAAUAUUGGGUCUCGCCCAUCCGUGCCUCGGUCGAUUCUGACGGCCGCAUUGGUCUUUCUUCUUACCGUGCUGGAACAGCGGCCAAAACUCCCUACGGAAUCCAGGACUACAAGAAGCCACAUCUCACCAGCAUCACAGAAGCAGCUCAACGCGAUGCUAAUGUCGUUCCGCGCAUGGACGCCCGCCGCUUUGUCUCCCCCCGUUUCAGGGCCACUUCGGAGGCCGCCCCCCAUUACAGAGCCACUUCAGAGCCUACCCCCAGGCAGCCCAUGAAGGGGACUGAAGAUAUUGCCCGCAGCCUCAUGGAAAACUUGAACUCUUCCAAGGGGAACUAG